AUGGCUGGCGUUAGCUCCGAAUCGAGCCUCUGGGCGAUACGGUAUCCCAACUGGGAUACAACUAGGGAAGCCUUCGAGGAUGACAAAACCCCAGUACCGAAACCGCCAUCCGUAGCAAUCGACUGGCUUUUCCUCAGCGAGACUUUUCAAAUGAGAGCCCUUGGGGGGCUGCGUAUGCCAGAAUACUGGGCCCUGCAAGACAUCGACGCAUAUGGACCAACCUACCGCGUAUCGGACGUGACAGGUGCCAUCGAAGACGAAAGCGAUCCAUUCAUUGAUGCCGAUCCACGCGAGAAACUGUCAAACUUUAUGGAUGGUUUGACACUGUAUCCGUACGUAUCUUGGGCAACCAGUGACUUUGUCGAGGUGGACGAAACGAAGUGGUUCAAGAUCUUCCGAAGGGAGAGAUGGUCGAGUUACAAGCACCCCGACCCCAACGGGCUAUCGAUCGAUAUCGACGACGACGCAACCUGGGCCAAAAUAAGCAGAGUCAUCGAGCUUGCAAACAGAAUUCUGAAAGAAGCAGUCAGUCAUGAAUGGCUGGCAAGUUUUCUUAAGGAGGAUUCCCGAGAAGUUCGACGGGAUGUAAUGGUAGAGUCAAAACAUCAGGCCCCUCGGAAGGGUACCAUCGUCCGCGUCAAGCCGGUCAGCCCCGAAUCCCGUCUUAGUCCAACAGAAGCUCGAAAGGUUCUUGACGACAUCGCCGACACUUUCUUUUGGGGAUUCUAUCUUAGAGAGGAAUCGCCUUCAGCUAUUGGAUUGACAUCAAAGCUCAUUGACAAGAACGGGAGGCUGCUCAAGUGGAUGCGUGUUGGUAUCGAGUAUUUCCAGCCGAUAUUCCAAAACAUGAUGUUCCAGGACCCUGAAGGCCGCCAGGCAACGUUUCUGGUGACCAAGACUCAUGGUAUAUCUGGCCACAUGCACAGAUCGUAUCAAGAAAAGCAUCCCGAGGAACCGCUCAUGGCGACCGAAGCUUUUUGGGACGAAGAGAAGUAUGCAGAGGCGGGCAUUUCUUGGGAAAUGUCAUUCUUUGGAUUUUCCCUGAAGGACGUCCCCAGCGGUCCCCAAAAGGCUGGUCAUGCCCUCUUCGGCAUACGUGCCCCUUGGCCAGCUUUCUGCGUGUCAAGCGUCGGUCAGAUGGAUACCUACGACAAAGGGCCUCUCACGGAAGCAUUUCGGGAACAUCGGCCCGGCAUACCUGCCAUCGUCCCUUGCGCAAUGACAUCUUCUGACUUCUGGGAGACGCAUGUGCCAAAAUACGGAUACAAGGCACUGAGAUACAAGGGCGUCUGUGUUUCUGAACGGGUUUGGGAGAGCCAUUAUCAAGACGCCGCACGAACCUCACGAGCCAAGAUUCUUGACCCCCCUUAUUCGGAAUACGGUCGCCUUGAUCAUAGAAAAGACACCAAAUGGCAUGCUACGAUAUAUGCCGAGACUCAACUGCGAUGCAAAUUGGCCGACAUUGGGUCUUCGUCUAAAUCCCAUCACGACACACACGAAUCCGAUAUUCGGCACCAGCUCAAGAGCGUCUUGUGGCCAUAUAACCAUAGUCUCGAUGUCGCCAAAUUCAAGAUUCGACACAAAGCGACAUCGAGGUUCCUCUACCACGCCUACGCAUAUCUGUGGUUGGCAACGCUGCCCGUCAGGAAGAAGCCUACGCCAUCCAGUCGUCCGACCUCAAGGCCACUGCAUCCCGAAAGACUGAGCAUACCCAAAGCUGCUGGAGGCCAGGAGGUCAUUGACCUUGCUACUAAUCAGGGAAAAAGAACAUCAGUAGCGACGGAAACGUACCUGCACAACUCCAAUACCCCUAGCCACAACAAAGAGCUGUGCAUGGAAAACGCCAAACUGUCGUUUUUACGAUGGAAAGUUCUCGGAAAUGUGUCACCUGAGGUGGCUAAAGGUUUCAAGUAUGACUGGCGUGAUAUAAGGAGAAUGAUGGAUCAAUCCCCCUAUGACCAUGGGUGGUUAACUUACAAUUACCGAGACUUGCCCACCCACGUCACUCAAGAGACGCAUUACCCUAUCGGAGCAUCGCAGGUUCAAGGACUUCCAUCGGAGAAGAUUGACCUUGACGACGCCGAUCUUCCAUCCUGGGCUGUCGCGAGACCGGUGAUCGCUCAAGUGCCGGUCCCGUCGCGAGGCAAAUCUGCUGAGAUCACCCCGCCGCUUCGCCACUACUAUGUAGGCGAAAUUGGUGAUCAUCAACGCGUCGGUAGCGGAGUCAAGUGGUUUGUCCACAAAGCCGACGGUGAUGACAGGCAUUUAAUCUACGACCUCAAUUCCUCCAGUCCUGUCUUGAAUAGAGUGCUUCGCACAGGAGACAUGAACGAGAAGGUCCGUGAAUUGUGUUUGAAAAAUGGGCCCAUUGGACAAGUGAUGCAGCUCAUGCGCACGGAAGAUAUCAGACUGGCUUACAACAGAGACCGCUUGUCAUGUGUAGCCUUGGGUAACCACGUUUUUGAUCUGACGUGUGAUCUGACAAACUUCCAACUGGCAGAACACAUGCAACCUUUACUGGUGAUUAUUAAGCAAAAACGACAGGAAAAUCCUCUCCUCAGGGCAGUCAGUUUAGGAUAUAAUCCUGAUGUUAUCGUCAACUUCCUUCGGCCUUAUCAGAUUGGGAUCAGGACGCGAGAGCUUGACAGGUACAGCGUUUACCGAUUACGCCAUUUCACAUUGAACGAAGUCAAGUGGCACGUUUACCCAGAGACAGGGAUCUACACCAUCUUCAGAGGGCAUUCGGUAAUAGAUCUUACAGACUUCAUGAAAUUUCAUCCUGGUGGUAUGGAGAUUCUGCAGAGCGUCGCCGGGAAAGACUGUACACGUGAAUUUAAGCAGUACCAUCGAGUCCCGACGGGUUUCCUUGGUGUCACUACACAUGUCUAUUUCGAAAGGCUGCAAGUUGGUAAGAUCGUCCCUGAGCAAAGCCCAGGCGUUAUAUCUCCGGAUCAAAUUGUAAUUCGAAAUCAAGUCUUCAGCCGAAAGGCGGAUCUUUCAAGGCUGUCAGGUACCGCCUUAAACGGGUUAAGGGGUCUCCUGGCAUCUGAAGAACUUGAAGAAUACUGGGGAAAGGAUGUGACGGCCCAGAUGGACACAGCAAGCCCGCCAAAAAUACUUUGCAGACUGUUUGAUACAAAAUGGCUUGUUGUCGCCAAGGUUGUCGCGCCAAUAGACACACUGCCUUUCAUGGACGAUCAAAUGUUGGCGCGGAUGGACGGCAAAGUUGAGCCCUGGGGCUUCCGUGAAUCCUACGUUUCUGACAGCAAGUACAUAUACAACUUGACUUCAUACCUCAGAUACGGAAAACCUGACGGGUACAAUGAGCUUUUGAAACCUCGUGCCGGAACAACGCUCUCCAACUCAUCACAAGACCAAGAACUGAAGCGAAGGCUGUGGUCAGACUUCCAAUAUCGAAUUAUAGCACAGCAUGGUCCGAAUCAAGAUGCUGAUUUCGAUUGGAAAAGGGCCUUCAGGCCGAUCUCCGAAGAUGUGCCUGACUUGGAAGGUGAUGAAACUUCGAAAGUCACACCUGCUAUGUCAUUUGCUCAAGCUGCUGAAAAGGGCAAUGCGAAUCGUGCUUCAGACCAGAUUGUCCAACCAAUCCAGAGCGUGGCCGGCACGAAACGCAAGCAUAAUGGGCAGCUUAAGGUGCAGGAAAAGAGCAUCAAGGCUGCUACUACAAGCCGUUUUGCACUGCCAGAACAAGUAGCUGCAGGCGUGAAACGGAAGAGCUCGCCGACUCCGGUACGGCCGUACAAGAAGGUAGUCAAAGAAUCUCGUGGCUCUGCUGGUGGUCCCUCGUCUGGGAUUGAAGGCUCAAGCAGAACAAGUUCAAGGGGAACAGAGAAGCCGAGGCAAGAAUGGGAGUGGAAGGACUUGUACAUGUAUCGGUGA